CGAACCAGAUCCAACAAGAUCAAGCCCUCACCGGCCUUGGGCGACUCGCCGGCGAUAUCCUCACCUUCCCAUCCGCAGUCCUCUCAUUCGCGGGCGUCGAUAUGGAAGGCCUCUUUGAAUUGUCGAAACGUUUGGCGGGCGGAGCUCUCGGAUUGCUUGGCUUAUUGCUCGUGGAAGACACCUUUGACUGCCCAAUCGUCGCCGUACGCGGUGUCUGCGAGAUGGACGCCGCGGGGGCGGGCUUCUUCGACGGCAAAGCCCUCGCAACACCCUGCGAGGGCGGCGGCUUGGACGGCGGCGUGGAAGAAGGUAGCGACGCAGUCUUCGGCUUCGACGCAGGCAACGAUCGUGUCGCAGGUGCUUUCGUCGCAGCUCUUGUAGGCGGCAACGCCUUCGGUGCCGUUGCCGCCGCCGCCGUGGGCUUCACCGCCACUUUCUUCUGUCCUCCUCCUCCCACUGGUCCAUCCGCCGCCAUGGCUCCCAUGACUCCAUUGCCAUACCCGUUGAUGUAGUUCCCGACUCCACCAAUCGCGCCGUUCGCACUUUGGCCUACUGAGCGUCCGCUGUUUUCGACGAGAGAACCGACGCCGCCUACGGCGUUGCCGGCUAGGGUUCCGCCUGCUUGGAGGCCGGUUGCGGCGUAGCCGGCGAGUUUGUCGGUUACCCAGUUUGUUAUGAAGGCCAUGUC